GGGGCUAGCAGUGCUGAGCACACGGCCUCACACGCAACACGCAGGGCGGGCGACACAGCAUUUGUGUUGGAACGCUAAUACAUUUAGUUUGAUUAUGUUUAACCAUGAUUACAGUAAAACUGAUUCUAUCUCAUGAAGACGGUAGGAAGCCAUUUUGGUAGGUAGAAAGAAAAAGAGAAAGAAUGACAGAACAAAGAGAAUAAGUGUAAAAAAGAAGGAAAACACAAAUUAUUCUAUCACCCAAACAAACAAACAAACACUUAAAAUGAUAAACAAACUGAACCUAUGAAAUGGAGACAUGUUACAAGGGAGAGUGGGAGAUACAGAGGUAGAGUGGUGGGUGGGGAUUUCCCUGCUCAGCUGUGAAGCCUGUCAACCAGGAUCUUUUUCCAGGGCCACAGUCAGAGUCCAGCUUUUCGAGAGAGCACGACUGGCACAAGGAUGUCUGCAGGCACAGAACUCCAUCUAGCCCAGCUACCAGCUCAGGCUGAGAAGAUCCCGGCGCUUGCUGAGCUGAAUCAUCUGGGGCAACUGGAGCCGAGGAGUCUUGAGGAUCAGGAGGAUCCCAGCGAGUACUGCUAUGGUGGUUAUCACCCAGUACAAGUGGGAGACAUUUUCAACAAAAGAUAUCAAGUGGUGUCCAAACUGGGUUGGGGCUUUUUCUCUACCGUUUGGCUCUGCCAUGAUCUCAGGCUGGGGAUGUGUGUUGCAGUGAAAGUACUGAAGAGUGGCACAGGCUUCACUCAAGCCGGUGAGGAUGAACUCACCCUGCUACGCUGCGCCAGUGGUCCAACAGCUCGCCACCCUCACAGCAGACACAUUGUUCAGCUAUUGGACGAGUUUAAGGUGGCAGGGAAGAAUGGAAUCCAUAUCUGCCUUGUACUGGAAUUACUGGGGCCAGACCUUCGUUGUUGGCAAGUAUGUAUGGGGAACCCUGGUCUCUCCUUCACCUGUGUCAAACGGCUCAUCACACAGGUUCUUGAGGGUCUGGACUACCUGCACACACACUGUAAAAUCAUCCACACGGACAUCAAGCCUGAGAACAUCCUGCUGUGCUUGGAGCCGCAGUCCCGCGUGUGCACUGCAGAGGGCGCAUCACACAAGUUUCUGGGCUAUGUGGCUCCAGUGGAGAAUAGCACAGAGACAAGGAAAUUCAACUUAGACAAAAUCACAGUGAAGAUAGCAGACUUAGGCAGUUCUUGUUGGGUGUACAAGCACUUCUGCGAGGAGAUCCAGACCCGACAGUACCGCUCUCUGGAGGUUCUGCUGGGUUGUGACUACGGUCCUCCAGCUGACGUCUGGAGUGUGGCCUGCAUGGCUUUUGAGCUUGUAACUGGUGACGCACUGUUUGAGCCCAAACCAGGCAAGGGCUUUUCACUGGAGGAAGAUCAUAUUGCUCACAUCAUUGAACUUCUGGGCAAGAUUCCCCCUGCAAUUGCACUAUCUGGAAAAUAUUCCUUUGAGUACUUCAACCGCAGGGGUGACCUGCAUCGGAUUGCUGUUCUGCGGCCGUGGAGCUUGUACGAGGUGCUGGUGGAGAAAUACCACGUCCCGCUGAGGGAGGCGUGUCUCUUUGCUGACUUUCUGCUGCACAUGUUAGACUUCCUGCCAGAGAGACGGGCCACUGCAGCUCAGUGUCUCAAACAUCCUUGGCUCAGUCUGGCACAGGACCCACUGGCUCACGGCACCGCACACUGAGACUUCCUGCACCCCCCCCCCCCCCCCCCCCCCCCCCUGAC